GUAUAUAGCCACUGCACGGAUCCAGACAAAAUUGUUGCCCCUUUUUAUAAAGCCCAUUUGCAAGGCUAUUUUGUAGUGCAUGCAGUAUAGAAAGACACUAUAUUUCACAGAUCUUCUAUAAUCUAAAAAGCAUGACUCCAAUAUUAAUUCCAGUGGUACUGGGUGUAGUUAUGCUUCUAGGAGUGGAUGUGUCUGGUCAGACGACCAUUGUAUCUUCUCUGCAAUCAACAAACAGAACGUAUGUUUGUCCAGGAGAGAUUGUUACCUAUGUCUGCAGUGGAGUUGGAACCCAAAUUAGGCUAUCAGCACCACCACACAUUCCUUCGGACGUUCCUUUGACGUAUGUGCGUGAAGACACUCCCGGAAGAGGAUAUCUAGGAGAUGGCCCUAUUGCAUCAAAUCUUAUAUCAACUGAUUCAUCAUUGAUGGUAGCAGACUUGAUAGUGCAAAAUUCUUCACUGCCGGAGUUUUCUGUUCGUUGCACUGUUCUUAUACCUCAGAAUUCUACAUCAGAUGCUGUACCCCAUCAGCACAAACCUUCAGGUCCUCCUUUAGAAGUGACUUCUCCUAUGAUCAGAUCUUUUUUUCCACCAAACGAGGUUAACACGGCUGGUGUGCGAGUUAAUUGGACACAUAACGAUGGAAAUUAUGACCCUAGUCACUUCACAAUCCAGGUGUUUGAGAGUGAUACUAACACUGCAAUUAAAUCCAUCGCUAUUUCUGCAGAAAGCAAUAGUUUCGAAGCAAUACUUGCUGUACCCUUCAGUGCUCCCAUGAAAGUCUAUGCACGUAUAACAGUGACGUCCAAGUGUAGCCAGACAACCAAUGGAGUUAUUACCAACACUAUUCAGAUAAAUGAAAGUAUAAAGACAGCAUACGUGUUCUGGGUACUCCUUUCAGCUGCAACAAUUGUCCUAACAAUAAUCUAGGUGUAUUAUUAUGCCUGCACUUUGCUGUGAACCAAAAUUUGAAUGUAUGCUAUUAAGAGACUAUAAUACUUUUAGUGUAGAAAAAUUAUUGUACUAUAGCUGUUAAUAAAUUCACUGAUGUUUUUUAUACAGGAACUAAAUUUCUGUGAUUCUAAUAAUUAUAGCUGUCGAACACAUAGAAUCUUGGACAUCGCUAGAUUAAAAAAAUUAUGUAAAUUUUGUUUUUGUACUCAUCAACUUCUA